AGACGUUUGUGAACGCCGAGGUCAAGGAUGAAGUUCAAGAAAGUUCUAAAAAUAUAUCAUCAGGUCUGACUUGGUAGUUGACCUAGCCAUGGAGAGCCUCAUUGGAUCCUCAUGGGGUCAGACCAUAACUGGAAUUCUUAAAACUCUUACCACCAUAAAGUAUCAAUAAUGAAAAUGUAGGAUAUAUACCUACCACUUCAAGAAAGUUCCUGUACCAGCCAGCAGCCUAACAGAUUAGCUAGCUGCUUUGAUCAUCAAGCAGACAUACUCAAGCUCAGCUCAGCAGAGGAAAAUCUCUCUAUAUCAAUAUUUUUCACAUUCUGUGUAUGACCUAUUAGAAAGUUAUGAAAUCAGUUCUGUGAGUCACACUGAAAAAUUUUUUAAAACAAAGUAAAAUACAUCAAGUGCUUUGUGUGAAUCCUUUGCCAGAAUUGUGCUACCAGGAAUACUAAGGUCAAUUUCAAUAUCUGAAAAGAUAAUUAAUUAAUGUAGGGUAUAUAAUGAAUAGAGUGUAUACUGACCAAGAAAUGUUUUUUUAAGCAUUUGUCCACUCAUGUCUUAUUGACUUUUCAUAAUAAUAAAGUUGGUGAGCAGUCUAGUUUUAUGUUACCAUGACUUACAACUAGAUGUGAAGUCUGAAAUGUUCAACUGAGAUGCAUUUGCAAACUAUGUUUUUUGGAAAGAUGUUAUCUAGGCCAUAUAUGUGUAUAAAUAUAUAUGUAAUUCUUUUAGUACCAUUUAAAACAUUUAAUCAGAGUUGCUUUUAAAAUGGAUCCUAUCUUUUUUAAAAGAGAGAGGAAAAAUGAAGUGAUAUGUGCAGAAGCUUGUCCAAGUUCAGCUGCUGGAUCUGGAAAUGUGAGUAGUGAGCAUAUUGAGAGAAACACUGACUCUAAUCUGCAAACUUCAACUUCAUGUGAGCCACAUUUCAAAAAGAAAAAACUGCGACAUGACAAUUAUUUAAAAUACGGUUUUAUCAAAUGUGAAAAACCCUUUGAAAAUGACAGACCUCAGUGUGUUAUUUAUAAUAAUAUUCUUGCAAAUGAAAGCUUAAAACCUUCUAAAUUAAAAAGGCACUUAGAAACUCAGCAUGCUGAACUCACUGAUAAGCCUCUUGAGUAUUUCCAAAGAAAGAAAAAGGAUGUAAAGUUGUCCACACAAUUUCUUGGUUGUCCUACAGCUGUUAGUGAGAAGGCCUUACUAUCAUCAUAUCUGGCUGCUUAUCAAGUGGCAAAAGAGAAAAUGGCUCACACGGUGGCUGAAAACAUCAUUCUUCCAGCAUGUUUGGAUACGGUACGUGCAAUUUUUGAUGACAAAUCAGCUGACAAAUUAAAAAUGAUAUCUAGUGAUAACAUAAUAUCUCUUCGAAUGUGUGCUAUUGCGGAACACUUAGAAAGGAUGCUUCUUACCCGGUUACAGACUGGUAUAGACUUUGAGAUCCAGCUCGAUGAGAGCACUGAUCUGGGGAGCGGCACAACACUCUUGGUUUAUGUUAGAUACGCGUGGCAAAAUGACUUCAUGGAGGACUUUUUGUGUUGUUUAAAUAUAACCUCACACCUAAGUGGAUUAGAGAUUUUUACAGAAUUAGAGAAGUGCAUCGCUGGCCAAUAUAAACUGAACUGGAAGAACUGCAAAGGAAUUACGAGUGACGGAGCAGCAAGCAAAACUGGAAGACACAGCAGAGUGCUUAGAAAAUUGCUAGAAGUUACUGAUAACGGUGCUGUGUGGAAUCACCGUUUUAUCCAUCGUGAAGCUUUCGCCUCCAGAGAGAUUCCACAGAAUCUCAUGGAAGUACUGAAAAACGCAGUGAAAGUUGCCAACUUUAUUUAAGGAAGCCAACUUAAUAACCAGCUUCUCGAAACAUUUUGUUCAGAGAUUGGAACGAAUCAUACCCACUUACUGUAUCAUACCAAAGUUCGUUGGUUGUCUCGCGGCAAAAUACUAAGCAGAGUUUACGAACUCAGGAAUGAGAUCCACACUUUUCUUACUGAAAAAAAAUCUCACUUGGCAAGUAUUUUAGAAGAUGACAUUUGGGUGAUGAAAUUGGCAUAUUUAACUGAUAUUUUUGGCAUUCUUCAUGAACUGAGUUUAAAACUACAAGGGAAAAGUAGCAAUAUAUUCCAACAUGUGGAACGCAUCCAGGGGUUCCGAAAGACGUUGUUGUGGCAAAUGAGGCUUAAAAGCAACCGUCCCAGCUACUACAUGUUUCCAAGAUUUUUGCAACAUAUUGAAGAGAAUGCUAUUAGUGAAAACCUUUUGAAAGAAAUAAAAUUAGAGAUAUUGGUGCAUCUGACUUCUCUGUCUCAAACUUUUAACCAUUUCUUCCCAGAAGAGAAAUUUGAAACAUUAAGAGAAAACAGCUGGGUAAAAGAUCCCUUUGCUUUUCGAAACCCAGAAUCAAUAAUCGAGUUAAAUUUGGUGCCUGGAGAAGAGAGUGAAUUACUGCAGCUCAGUUCUUCUUACACAUUGAAGACUGAUUACGAAGCAUUAACAUUAUCAGCAUUUUGGAUUAAGGUAAAGGAAGACUUCCCUCUGCUAAGUAGAAAGAGCAUCCCGCUUCUGUUACCAUUCACAACAGCUAAUUUGUGCGAGCUUGGGUUUUCAGUCCUAACCCAGGUAAAAACAAAGGAAAGAAAUGGAUUGAAUGGUGCUGCAGAUAUGCGGGUAGCACUGUCGUCCUGUGUUCCUGACUGGAGCGAGCUUAUCAACAGGCAAGCACACUUGUCACAUUAAAUAAAUCUUCCCCGAUUUAUGUUUUUGUGUUUCUUCUUUUGUGAUAUUUUUCUAUGUUGUAUUUAGAUGUUAACAUAGCAGUGUAUGUGGUAACUUUGUUUUCACUUUUGUCAUAUUUAAGUAUUAAUAAAAUUAUAAUGUAACUUUUCA